CUUGGUCUGGUUUGGUUACGUACGUACGUCAGACAGUUCGGAUUAAGAGUUCCUCUCAUUGAUAUUGUCCCUCCAAGGUCUCCGUACAUGCUCUAGUAUCCUCAUCACGAUCCAACAUAAAUACGGAUUUUUUUCUCCAUAAACCAAAUCGAACAACAUGGUAAACGUGCACAAAGGAGUUCUUGUUGAAUGUGAUCCUGCCAUGAAACAGUUCCUGCUUUACUUGGAUGAAACAAUGGCCCUCGGAAAGAAGUUCAUUCUCAAAGACUUGGACGACACACACGUCUUUAUACUCGCAGAAGUGGUGCAGACACUGCAGGACAGAGUGGGACAAUUAAUGGAUCAAAACUCAUUUCCUAUCACUCAGAAGUAGCUGUGGUUUAUAUAACGGACUCAGUGUUUAUCUGAAUAGAAGAGUGCUAUGUAAAUGUAAUAAUAAUGUGUCAGUAAACUGACUUGAUGCUUCUUUUGUCAUGCUAGUCAAUAACAUUGUAUUAACCAAUUUGUUUUAAUCAUUCUUAUACUGGUGGUUUGAGUGUUUCCCCUAAUGGUGGUGGGUUCACAUAUUCUGCAACAAGCUGAAUAAAAAAGUAUUACUA